AUGGUUGCUCCGCUCGGACUGAGAAGUCUGAUGCCGUACAAUCGACCGCCUCCCGAGCGGCGGUCACGACAGCCAGACCGGUUUUACUCGGUGGACCAAGCCAAUGUCUACCACUCCGAAGCAAAUAGCACUAUCCAGAAGGACUUGACCGAGAUGGCACUGUCUCUGUUGCCGCCCCACGUCGUGUCCUCGCCAAUGCUCGACAUGGGCUGCGGCACUGGCUUGUCCACGCAGCACCUUCCGCCACACUCUGUGGGAGUCGACGUGAGUUUGUCCAUGCUGCAGCUCGCUAGAUCGUCCAACUCGCUGACACCGUCAUCCUACGUGUGUGGUGCUGCCUUCUCGCUGCCGUUCCGUUCGCACACAUUCGACCAUGUCAUCUCCAUCUCAAUGUUGCAGUGGUUAUCUCCAGACCAACUAACUCAAUGCUUCAUGGAAAUCGCCCGUGUACUCACACCACGGGGCUCCGCCGUCUUGCAAGUCUACCCCAUCGAUCUGGAUCAUGCCAAUGAGAUGCUCGCGGCGGCGGCCAAGGCCACCAACUCAUCACCCGUCCUUGUCGCGGAUUUCCCCCACCCAAACAGCGCCGUCAAGUGGUUUCUCUGUGUGGAUGCAUGUGCGUCUCCGCUAUCGUCGGCUUUCGGCCAUGAUAAGUGUCCAUUGGCCCGCCGCCUCGAUGGGACCUGUGCGUAUCGGUACCGCCAUCGGCGGGGCUUGGAAUACGGACGACUGCUUCACGAGCAUGUGCAAUAUGCAUGGCACGCCUACCGCAAAGUCAAGCGAGACAUGCAGUGGCAUGGCCGUGAGUCGCAUGAAAGCGGCGCGGCCAAGGCAGCGCCGACAAGGCAUAACAAAGAACGUCGCGUGUUUCCCAAUGAAGCGCGGCUCGUCCAUCGGCUUGUAGAAGAGUUGCCAACAACAAAUGACACGGGGUUGACGUUGGAUGACUUGAAAGCAAACGCGAAAACAGUCGCCGAGAUCAUGCAUGCUACGUUUGAGUCGCUGGAAUAAUAUGCUCGGCAAGGUUACGUCAGAUUGCUGAUCUGUCCAGACCACCUAAUACAGAGGUAGUACCUGUGUAACGUUAUUAAUCCAUUCAUUCAAUACAGUAGCUAACCAGUCUUAGCUGUGUGUACUUCUCACACAUGGCAA